CUACAAGUCUAGUCAACUUUGUUGAUUGGCUUGCCAUCUCCAUCUGCAAGCGUGGUUAGUUAUAACUCCAGCAAUUGUUUCGAGCACAUCUUCUAUAUCAACGACCUAACUCCCUAUUGCAGGUGUCCAUGAUAGAGCAACAACCAGAGACGCGAAGGAAUCCCGCUUUAUCGAACAGGACUGAGGCAGCUGGAAGAGGGAAACGUUAGAGAGAGAGAGAGAGAGAGAGAGAGAGGAUGGGGUGGGUGGAACUGUUGCUGCUGCUUCUGACAUUGUGUUCAAUAAGUUUAACAAAUGUAGAAAGCGCAUCGACAAAGGAACCUUUCACUUUACCUUCCAAUUGCACAAAAAGAUGCGGUAAUAUCAGCAUCGAGUACCCUUUCGGGAUAGGCAAUGGUUGUUAUCGUCCGGGCUUUAAUCUUACUUGCACGUACAACACCACCAAACCUCCGAGGCUUUUCUUGGGUGAUGGAAAAAUGGAGGUCACGAACAUCAAUUUGGAUACUGGAAUUGUGCACGUUAAAACACCCAUUGUCACCAUGGAUGUGGAUGUGGAAUCCAUUAAUAUUCCGUUCAUUGAUGUUGAGAAUUGGCCUUACACUUUCAAAUCACUGGACUUAGAACGACGUUAUAUAGGAAGAGGUGGUUUUGCAGAUAAGAGAUUUUAUGUGUCUGGUUGUAACACCGUUGCCCAUCUAGUGGAUUCCGCUACCAAUAGGACUAUUGAUGCUUGCACAACUAUAUGUACUUCCGGUGGAAAUAGAAACUGCACACUUGACCUCUCUGGUUGGAAUAGUACUUUACUGAGGAUUCAAUUAACUCGAUUUCACACCCAAUUGUUUAAUGCAUCGAGCAUCAAAGUCUUUUUAUACGAUGCAAGGAAUGUUACGAAAGACGAUCUCAAAAGAAUAGUGAAGGGAAGGAGCACGAACGUGGAGGCUGCUCUAUCAUGAUACAUCCAAGACUAUCCUACGUGUGAAGAGGCUCGUAAGAAUACGACGACUUACGCUUGCCUUAGCCUCAAUAGUGCUUGCUAUGACGUCACUAAAUAUUAUUACUCCACUGAUUAUAAUUUUGGGUACUUAUGUCGAUGCUCGUUUAAUUAUCAAGGCAAUCCAUACCUACCAAAUGGCUGUCAAGGUAAUAUUCCUCCUUAUCUCUCUUUGUAUGAGUUCAAUUUGAAAAACAAGAUUUGCAAUAGAAGUGAUUAAAUAUAGUACACGCAUGAUAAGUUUAAAUAUUCUUCGUGGUUCUCUGUUAUGCCUGAUAAUGGUUUCUUUUUUUGACGGUCAAACCGGUAAAAGAGAUGUUUACUUGUGUAGACAUCCAUCUCACUAUUAAAUAAGACUCUUACAUAGUAAAAGAGUCUAAAUCAUGUAACGGCUUGAGUCGCAUGCUCAUUAGAUAAUUAAAUGGUACAAUAUGCAUUAGAUACCAAGGCCAUUUGCCUUAUUCAUCCCCACAAUAACACAGGAGAAAGUCUUGCCGCCGUAUCUACAAUCCUACGGCUUCCGGAUUUUAUGAUCGCUACUCACUUAUUCUCAAAGCUUGGCUUACAAUUCUUAGUUUUUACAUAUAAGUCAAUCGCAAAGCUUCUUUUGGCCAUCCAUAAAAGAAAAACAUGGUAAGCUUAUGACAACUUCCAUUGCUGACCUGCUUGAUCAUGUCAACAGAUACAAAUUUUACUCUAUAUCAAAUGAAUGAUUGUCCAUCAAAAUGUGGGACUGUUAACAUUCCUUUUCCAUUCGGGCUAAAGAAAGGGUGUUACAGAGAUGGGGCAUUUGCUCUAACGUGCUACGACACAUCAAGUCCUCCCACUCUCCUCUUCCGAGAGUAUUACAGAGUGCACAGUAUAUCGUUGGAGAAAGGACAAAUAGAAAUUGAGUAUGAACAUACUGAAACGACACCUUUCAACUACGUUGACGAGCUGCCUAUUGUUAGUUGGGUCAUUGAGGGUCAGCGUUGCAAGGAUGCUCAAAGCAAUAGGACCAUGUUUGCAUGUGUCGAUGAACACAGCUCAUGUUUGGACAUUAACACCACAACAAGCGAUGGUCAAGAUUUCUGGGGGUACCGUUGCAAUUGCUCCAAAGGUUACGAAGGAAAUCCAUACCUUCCUAAUGGAUGCACAGAUAUCGAUGAGUGUAAAUUCCCCAACAAAUACUUCUGCUAUGGAACUUGUAUUAACACGAACGGCAGUUAUAGUUGCACGUGCCCACCUGGGUCGUCCGGUGAUCCUACUCAAAAAGCCUGUAUCCCUGGCAAAAAGCAUACUCUUGUAUUGGGUGUCAUCAUCGGCGUAAGUAAUGGCGCGGGCUUAUUGCUCUUGAGUACGAGUUUGAUUAUCCUAAGGACGAAAUGGAAGAAAAGAAAACAAAAGAGAAUAAGAAAAAAACACUUCCGUCAGAAUCAUGGUUUACUGCUACAACAACUCAUCUCUUCCCAUGAAGAUGUUGCUGAAAGAACAAAGAUAUUUCCUCUGGAAGAGAUAGAAAAGGCAACCAAUAAUUUUGAUGAAACUCGAGUGCUCGGUCGCGGAGGACACGGAACAGUUUACAAAGGGAUUCUGUCGGAUCAACGCGUGGUCGCCAUAAAAAAGUCAAAAAUUGUGAAGAAGAGCGAGAUAGAUCAAUUCGUCAAUGAGGUUGCAAUUCUUUCUCAAAUUAAUCACAGAAACGUGGUAAAGCUUUUUGGAUGCUGCUUGGAGACCGAAGUGCCCUUAUUGAUCUAUGAAUUUAUCUCAAACGGAGCUCUUUCGGACCAUCUCCAUACUUCAGAUGGUAGUUCUGCAUUGUCAUGGGAAGCUCGUCUGAGGAUCGCUGCAGAAACCGCAGGAGCACUUGCUUAUUUGCACUCGGCUGCUUCAAUAUCUAUUUUACACAGGGAUGUAAAGUCAUCGAAUAUUCUCUUGGAUGAUCACUUCACAGCAAAAGUAUCAGAUUUUGGAGCUUCAAGAUUUAUUCCACUUGAUCAAACUCAUAUAGUCACCGGUAUUCAAGGAACCUUUGGAUACUUGGAUCCAGAGUAUUAUCAAACAAGUCAAUUGACAGAGAAGAGCGAUGUUUAUAGCUUUGGGGUCAUUCUUCUGGAGCUUUUAACAGGAAAGAAACCUAUUUUCUCCAUCGAACAUGAGAAUAAACAGAACCUAUCAAUGUAUUUUCUCCAAGCACUAAAAGACAAACGCUACUUUGAUCUUGUGGAAGAUCGUGUUAUGAAAGAAGGGACUAAACAAGAGCUUAUGGAAAUUAUUCAACUAGUAGCAAUGUGCUUGAAGUUUAAAGGAAGCGAAAGGCCUACGAUGAAAGAAGUGGAGUAUAAACUACAAAGCCUAAGAAGGAUUCGAAAGAAUGGAGGACGUCAUAUUUCAGAAGGUAACGAAGAAACUGAGUGCCUGCUGAGCGAUUCAUCUUAUACUUUCUCUGAUUCAAUGGACCAAGCAACCGAAGGGACAUCCAGGAAUUAUAGUUUAGAAAAAGAAUUUAUGUGGUCACAUUAUAACCCACGAUGAGUGUGUAUUGUACUAGUGUUUACAUUUGUAUGUAUUGACAACAUAACCUAGGUCAUUAUAUCAUGUAGUCAUCAUGUGGAACGUUAUGUACCCAAAUAACUAGUAUCUUAUAAACGCUCAUAUAUGUUAUCAGGUAUAUGUAUCUAAUCAUAUUAUGUACACAGCUUGUUUGCUUAAUGGCCCAGGUUAAUUUUUCUCUUGUUUGAA